GGUAUAUAAUUGUGUUUAAAAUGCCUUCCCCCUUUCAUCGUUGAGUAGGUUUGGGUGUUUUAUGGUUCUAUGUCGCUGCCAAUGCCUGCUUCCAGAAGAAGACCAGUAGGGACAAAGUGCACCCCUGUCCUCCCCUGUCCCUUUCUAGAGGCAUUAGUGUUAAAUCAGAUCUGUACGGCAGUAUAGUGUCUGAAGAGCAGGUGUCCAGGGACCAGACUCUCUCAGCAUGGCUCGGAUACAGCAGCUCUCCUGGUUGCUCUUCGGCCUCCUCUUCCUGGUUGGACUACAGUGUGACCAAGGGGAGCACGCCGCCCAAGGACCUCGCAGCAAGAGGGACAUCAGUAAUGACCAGCCACGCAUGGUAUCAGAGAACGGUCACCUGGUCUUUUCCACCCAUAACAAAGAGAUCCGCUUCCAGACCUCAGGGUCAGGCAGUGUCAAAGUGGGAGAUGAGGACCUCACUCAGCUGAUGAGUCAGAUCAAAACCAACAAAGCUGACAUCGACAAUAUAAAACAAAAUGGAGGUGGAACGUCCCCUGAUGUCACUAACCAACUCAAUACGCUCAACACAAAGGUGUCAUCACUUGAAACUAAAGUGACAGCACUAGAACAGAUGGUCCAGAGAAAGACAUGUACCAGUAAUCCCUGUCAGAAUGGAGCCACCUGCCUAGACCUGCUGGACUCUUUUCACUGCAUGUGCCCCAGCAACUGGGGGGGUCCCAUCUGUGCUGUGGAUGUGAAUGAGUGCCAGAUCUUUGUUGGGACCUCUCAGGGAUGUCAGAAUGGAGCCACUUGUAUCAACACCCCUGGAUCCUUUACUUGCACCUGUUCACCAGAGUGGUCUGGUACCCUGUGUACAACCCGCUAUGACGACUGUCAGGGUGCUACCCAGGACCUGUGUGUCCAUGGGACAUGCAUCGACGCAGACAGAAUCACACCGAACGUGCCCAAGUUUAAGUGUGUUUGUGAUGAUGGUUGGAUGGCCCCAGCCGGCAACCCGGCCUGUAUCUCAGACGUGGAUGAGUGUAGCCUUGCCCAGAAGCCUUGCUCCACCAACCCCCCUGUGACCUGUUACAACACCCAGGGAUCCUUCUACUGCGGCUCCUGUCCUGCUGGAUGGCAGGGCAACGGCUACAGCUGUCUGGAUGUGAAUGAGUGUUCCACUAAUAACGGAGGAUGCUCCACUACUCCCAUGGUCCAGUGUCUCAAUACCAUGGGCUCCUUCCACUGUGGAACCUGUCCUCCAGGCUAUGAAGGAGAUGGGAGAACCUGCACUCAGGCUAACAUCUGUGCCAAUAACAAUGGAGGCUGCUACCCCCUUGCUACCUGCUCUUCCACUCCAGGCUCCACCCUCCCAGUGUGCACCUGUCCCCCAGACUACACAGGAAAUGGCUACGGCCCAACAGGAUGCACCCAGAGCAGCAAUAUCUGCCAGACCAACAAUCCAUGUGUCAACGGACAGUGUGUGCCUACUUCCAACGGGUAUCUCUGUACCUGUAGUCCUGGCUGGGGAGGGGUGAACUGUGACCAGAAUGUCAAUGAGUGUGCCAGCAACCCAUGUCAGAACGGAGGUACCUGCAACGAUGGACUCAAUGGAUUCACCUGUACCUGCACUGACCAGUGGACAGGGCCAACCUGCCAGACCGCACAGCAAGUGUGUGGAGGCUACCUGACUGGCCCGGCUGGUACAUUCAGCUACCCCAACACCCCUGGUAGUGACCAGUAUGACCACCAGGUCAGCUGUGCUUGGGUCAUCAGAACAGACGUCAACAAGAUUCUACGGAUCACCUUCCCUCACUUUGAGCUGGAGAACAGUGCCAACUGCAACUUUGACUUCCUUCAGAUCCACGAUGGCGAGAGCGCCUCGGCCUAUCAGUUAGGGAAGUACUGCGGUACCAGCUCCCCCGCAGAGCUCUUCAGCUCCCACAAUGCAUUGUACUUUUGGUUCCGCUCUGACCAUUCUGUCAACGCAGGCGGCUUCACUGUGGCCUGGACCUCACAAACACCAGUAUGUGGCGGGGAGUUGACCGAACCCUACGGUAACAUCAACUCACCUGGUUACCCUGGCAACUAUCCACCCAACCGCGACUGCUAUUGGACGGUUGACGUGGCCCCCGGCCUGCUCAUCACCUUUGCCUUCGGAACCCUCAGCCUGGAAAACCACCCUGACUGUAACUAUGACUACCUGGAGAUUCGGGAUGGUCUACUCCCAGAAGAUACGGUUCUAGGGAAGUACUGCCACAAUGUGUCUCCCGCCCCUCUCCAGACCACGGGACCUGCAGCAUGGAUCCGGUUCCACUCGGACUUCUCUAACUCUGACCGUGGCUUCCACAUCACAUACACCACCUCUCCAUCUGACCCUGGUUGUGGAGGAACCUUUACAGAGAGCGAGGGCAUCAUCAUCUCCCCCAACUGGCCCAAUAACUACGCCCACAACCGCCAGUGUGUCUACGUCAUCCGCCUGCCGGCCAAUGAGAUUGUCUCGCUCAACUUCACGCACAUGGACUUGGAGUCCCACAGCGGUUGUGUGUUUGACUAUGUGGAGGUCCGUGACGGUUCCACAGAGACAGACCCUCUGAUUGGGAAGUACUGUGGCAACACCAUCCCUGCCCCCAUCCUGUCCUCCUCCAAUGCUCUCUGGAUCCGCUUCAAGUCUGACGGAUCAAUCACCCGGGCCGGGUUCAGGGCCACAUACGAAGUCGGCUGUGGUGGCACCUUAUCUGGGACAGGUCAGAUCCGGUCCCCCUACCACCCUGAUGCCUACCCCCACAACAAGGAGUGUGAGUGGGUCAUCAACCAACCACAGGGCUACGUUGUCACCCUCAACUUCCUCACCUUCGACAUCGAGAGUGGCUCCUGUGUAUAUGACUUUGUUGAGGUAAGGGACGGCUCCACGGUGAGCUCUCCUCUGAUUGGUACAUACUGUGGCAACACCAUGCCAGCCAUGCUCCAGUCCACCCAGAGGUCCAUGUACAUCCGCUUCAAGACUGACUCGUCUGUCUCCAACCAUGGCUUCACCGCAGCCUAUGACUCUGCUAUGGAGGGUUGUGGCGCUACUCUUAAUGCCCCAUCGGGCUCCCUCACCAGCCCUGGCCAUCCCAACAACUACCCCCAUGGAGCCAACUGCACCUGGUACAUCUCUGUCGCCCCAGGCAACCUCAUCCGCCUGUCCUUCACCUCCUUCAACAUGGAGUACCACAUCAGCUGUAACUAUGACUACGUAGAGGUGUAUGACAAUGGCACCGUGGCGACUGGGACCAAGCUUGGCAGGUACUGCGGUCGGUCCGUCCCUCCCUCUCUGACCAGCACAGACAACCUGAUGACUGUCCUCUUUGUCUCCGACAUCAGCCUAGCAACCGAAGGCUUCUCUGCCAACUAUGUCUCCAUCGAUGCCACCACCGACUGUAGUGAGACUUUCACCUCCCCUACAGGAGAACUCAGCUCUCCUAACUUUCCCAGUAACUACCCCAACAACCGCCAGUGUAUCUAUAAGAUCAUCGUUGGGGUCAACAUGCAGAUCAUGCUCAACUUCACUGACUUUAAUAUGGAGGGCUCACCACCCAACUGUGCUUUCGACUAUGUAGAGAUCAGAGAUGGCGGUUAUGAAACCUCUCCUCUGAUUGGCAAGUUCUGCUCCAACCAGAGGCCUCCAAUGAUGGUGUCCCAUAGCAACCGCCUGUGGCUCAUGUUCCGUUCUGACUCCUCUGCCACCUUCCCUGGCUUCAGGGCACACUGGGACGGCACGCAGACAGGCUGUGGAGGUACUCUGACCACCAGUUCGGGAGGGUUCUCCUCUCCUAACUACCCCCUACCCUACCACACUAACGCUGAGUGCUACUGGCUGAUCAAGGCCGGCGCUGGGAGCCUGAUCACUCUCAGCUUUGGUGACUUCGAUCUGGAGUCCAGCACCAGCUGUACAUAUGACUACCUGGCUGUGUACGAUGGGAACAGCACUAAUGCUCCACAGCUGGCCAACCUGUGUGGGUCUCAGUUGCCCGCCCCAAUCAACUCCAGUAGGAGUGAGCUCUAUGUGAAACUACGCACAGACAGUGUCGUCGCAGCUGGAGGCUUCGUGGCCAUGUACACAACCAACUGUCAAGGUGUGCUGAUCGCCAACCAGGCGCGUGGGGAGAUUGAGUCUCUGAACUACCCCAACACCUACCCCCACAACUCCAUGUGUAGCUGGACCAUCCAGGCCUCCAUGGGCAACACCAUCAACUACACCUUCAUGACCUUUGACCUGGAGGGGACCAGCGUCUGUAGUUUCGACUACGUCAAGCUGUACAAUGGUCCCAAUGAUCAAGCCCCUCUGAUUGGCUCGUACUGUGGGAGCACGCCCCCUCCGGCUAACACCACGACUAGUUCCUCCCUUCAUAUGGUGUUCCACACUGACUCCUCAAUUGCCAUGACGGGCUUCCAGAUGCUCUGGUACCAGAACGGUUGUGGUGGGGAUCUGUCUGGUCCCACGGGUUCCUUCAACAGUCCAGGAUACCCCAACAGAUACCCUGACAACAGAGAGUGUUUCUGGUACAUUCAGACUGCCACAGGAAGCAGCAUCACCAUUACCAUCUAUGAGUUUGAUGUGGAGUACCACCCUGACUGCAACUAUGACGUACUGGAGGUAUACGGAGGCCCUGACCUUUCAGCCCCCAGGCUGGCCCAGCUCUGCACCACCACCUCCAGCCCCCUCCAGGUCUCCAGCACAGGGAACAUGGUCACAGUCCGCUUCAAGUCUGACCCCUACGUCAGUGGCCGAGGAUUCAAUGCCAGCUGGGUCGAGGUCCAGGGAGGAUGUGGAGGUCCGAUCAAGGCCCCCAGUGGAGAGAUCCACUCCCCCAACUACCCCGCCAACUACCCCAACACGGUGGACUGUUCCUGGACCAUCUCAGUGGACGUAGGCCACCGGGUCCUCUUCAACUUCACUGACCUGGACAUAGAGCUCCACUCCACGUGCCAGUGGGACCAUGUAGCUAUCUAUGAUGGACCCAGUAUAUCUGCUCCGCUGCUGGGUCAAGUGUGUGGUCAGACACGGCCCGCCCCCAUCACCUCCACCCAGAACACCAUCUUUGUGCGGUUCAGGUCUGAUGCCAGCCUCAACCACCGGGGCUUUGCCGCCACCUUCUCCGAGGCUUGUGGAGCCACCUUCUUGACAGAUGACGUGGGUGGAGCCAUCGCAUCGCCACGGUACCCUGCUGUUUACCCAGCCAAUCAGAACUGCAGCUGGAUCAUCAAGGCUCAGUUGCCAUUCAACCAUGUGACCCUGUCGUUUACGGACUUUGAGCUGGAGAGUCUCAACUCCAACUGUUCCCACGACGCUGUGGAGAUCCUAGAUGGAGAUAACUACAUGGCACCAGUCAUUGGUCGUUACUGUGGCACUGAGAUCCCUCACCCAGUCACAUCGUUCAGCAACGCCCUGGUCGUCAACUUUGUCUCUGACUCCUCUGUCGCCAUGAAGGGCUUCAGAGCAACCUACACUGGCUCCACCUCAAGCUGUGGAGGGGACUUGCUCAUGGAGACAGGGGCCUUUAACAGUCCUAACUACCCUGAUGCCUACCCUCCCAACGUGGAGUGUGUCUGGACCAUCACCAGCUCCCCCGGCAACCGCCUCCAGCUCUCCUUCAUUAUGUUCCAGCUGCAGCAGAGUUCUGACUGUAACAAUGAUUACCUGGAGAUCCGGGAGGGAAACUCCACAGGUGCUCUGGUUGGUCGGUUCUGUGGGGUCUCCCUCCCCUCCAACUACACGUCUCUGAUUGGCCACAUCCUGUGGGUCAAGUUCCGCUCAGACUCCUCUCUCAGUGGAGCUGGAUUCAGAGCUACCUUCUCCCACUUGUAUGGGAAUGACAUCACAGGUACAUCAGGACAGAUAGCGUCUCCACUGUACCCCCGGACGUACCCCAACAACGCAGACUACCGCUGGACCAUCACUGUACCUGGAGACGACUACGUACAGAUCCACUUCCUAGACAUGGACAUCGAGGACCUGUACGACUGCUACUACGACCAGCUUAAGAUAUUUGAUGGGCCCAACAUCCACGCCUACUCCCUGGGGAAGUUCUGCGGUCUAUCCCUGCCCGCCUCGGUCAGUAGCUCCGGCAGCACCGUGACUCUAGAGUUCCAGUCGGACACUGUGGUGGGGGGAAGAGGCUUCCUCAUUGAAUGGUCAGCCAUACAGAGCUCUGGACCCCUGCCCACCAUAGCACCAGGUGCCUGUGGGGGGGCUCUGAUGCCAGGCGACAGCCCCAGGUUCCUCUUCUCCCCCGGCUGGCCAGACAGCUAUGACGCUAACCUGGAGUGUACCUGGGUCAUUCGUUCCCCUAACUCUAUUGUGGAGUUCAACCUGCUGUCUAUGGACAUGGAGGACUACCCCACCUGCUACUUUGACAGCCUGGUCAUCAGGGAUGGUGAAACCAACCUGUCCCCCCUGCUGAACACUGUGUGUGGCCGUGAGCUGCCUGGUCCCAUCCACUCUACAGGGGACUCCAUGUUCCUCCGCUUCACCUCAGACAGCAGCGUCUCCGGGAAGGGCUUCAAUGCUUCCUACUCCAAGGGUUGUGGUGGUCUGCUGCACGUGGACAGGGGUGUACUCUCCACCCCGCGGUACCCCGAGAACUACCCGUCCAAUCUGGACUGUAGCUGGCACGUGAUGGUGACCCCAGGCUUCAGAGUGUCUGUUAACAUCCAGAGCCCAUUCCAGGUCCAGGGCUUCGGCACCGCCUGCAGCUCUGGAGACUACCUAGAGUUGAGGAACGGUCCGGAUGCCUCAGCCCCCUCUCUGGGGGGUCGUCUGUGUGGCACCAGCCCCCCUUCCAUCACCCAGACAACAGACAACAACCUCCACAUACGAUUCAUCUCAGACGCCACCAACGAGGGCAGUGGCUUCAAGCUGAUCUUUGAGGCCCACAGCCAGGCUUGUGGAGGAAGCAUUGUGUUGAGUGACUCAGACCCUCCAGGCUAUAUCACAUCACCCAACUACCCCCAGAACUACCCCCAGAACAUGGACUGUAUCUGGGUCAUCACCGUGCCCAACGGGGAGUCUGUCCAGAUCGACUUUGACAAUGAAUUCGACAUCGAGCCUACGUCCAACUGUUUCUAUGACUACGUUGAGCUUCGUGAUGGUGCCACCUCUGACGCUAACUCCCUCGCAAAACUAUGUGGCAACACCAGGCCCUCUACCGAGCAUUCCACUGGCUCCACCAUGUACCUGCGCUUCCGCACAGACAACAGCAUCACACACAAGGGCUUCAAGGCCAAGUACUCCAUCGCCACGUGUGGAGGCACAUACACUGGCCAGAGUGUUAACCUCAAGAGCCCAGGUUUCCCUGCGAACUACCCAGAUAGCUUAUCCUGUGAGUGGUACCUGGAGGGCCCUACAGGACACUACCUCACCAUCCGCUUCAACAACUUCAGCCUUCAGAGCACAGUAGACUGCAGCAGUGACUAUGUCGAGAUACGGGAGUACAAUGCCUCAGGGCGCUUCCUGGGAAAGCAUUGUGGGAACAGCAUACCUAGCCCUAUGGAAACAGGAGACAGCUUUGCUUAUGUCAAGUUUGUCAGCGACAGCAGUGUAAAUGCCCCUGGAUUCACUCUGUCCUUUGUGGGCAGUGUGGAAGUGUGUGGAGGUGAGCUGAACGCUCCCUCGGGGACCAUCUCGUCCCCUAACUAUCCCAACCUGUACCCUCACAGCCGUACGUGCCGUUGGGAGAUCACUGUGGUCCCGGGGAGAAGGGUCACUCUCACCAUUAACGACCUUCGGCUGGAGGGCACCAGCAGCAGCAGCUGCUACGCCGAUUAUGUGGAUGUGUUAAACGGCGUGUCGGUAACCGCCCCUCAUAUCGAGCGGCUGUGUGGCACCGUGCCAACAGGCUACCAGGUUAAGUCGUCGGGCAACACCAUGACUGUAGUGUUCCGUACCGACUCCUCUGUCUCCAAUGGAGGCUUUACAGCUACCUACUCCUCUAGUGAAGAUGCAUUGUGUGGUGGCAUCCUCAGUGACCCAGCUGGAGGUAACUUCACCUCCCCGGGCUACCUCACCUCUAACUACAGCAACAACCUGAACUGUGAGUGGCUGAUCCAGAACCCUACACAAAUCAACUCGUCCAUCGUGGUCAUCCUAGAAGACCUACACCUGGAGAACCAUCAGACCUGCGAGUCCGACUACAUAGAGUUCCGCCUCGGUGACUCUAGCGGGGAGCUGCUGGCCCAGUUCUGUGGCCAGACCACUCCAAUGAUUCCCCUGGUGGUGUCCACCCCUGAACUCUGGGUCCACUUCCAGACCAACCAAGCUAUAGGAGACCUGGGCUUCAAGGCCAAGUACUUAUUCUCCGAAUGUGGUGGUUGGCAGACCGGACAGGGAGGUGUAAUCUCCAGCCCUGCCUACCCUAACCUCUACCCCAGCCCCAGUCGCUGUACUUGGUUACUGGAGGCCCCUGAGGGCCACACCAUCACUCUCACCUUCAGCUACUUCAACCUGGAGCCUCACAAUACCUGUGGCUGGGACUCUGUCACCAUCUUCAACGGGGGCUCCCCAGGGUCUCCUGUGAUUGGCCAGUACUGUGGAACCACCUCCCCAGGAACCAUCCAAUCAGGGUCCAACAAGCUGGUGGUGGUUUUCCUGGCCGAUCACUCAGUGUCCAGAGGAGGGUUUGUGGCCACCUGGUCAACUGACUCCUCAGGCUGUGGAGGAGUGAUACACGCUGACACUGGUGUCAUCAAGUCUCCCAACUACCCCCAGAACUUCCCUGCCAACAUUGAGUGUUCCUGGACCAUCAUCGCCCACGAGGGUAACCACCUGGAGAUGAACUUCAACUCUGACUUCCAGAUCCCUGAUGCCAACGGGCAGUGUCAGAGCAGCUACAUCAAGGUGUGGUCAGGUGAUAGUGAGACCGCUGAUGGACUGCUAGCUACAGGUUGUGGUACCACCGCCCCAGCCCCCAUCAUCGCUCCCUACAACACCAUCACCACUAGGUUCCAGUCCACUGGAACCCCAGGAAGAGGCUUCUCAGCCAACUACAUCACACGGUGUGGAGCUAACUUCACUGCCCCCACCGGCCGGGUGGUGUCGCCCAACUACCCUGCCGACUACCCCUUAUUCUCCGACUGUAGUUACCUCAUAGACGUUGGACCCCAGACUGUUGUCAUCCUGGAGUUCCGCACCUUCCAGGUAGAAGCCCACUCCACGUGUAUGUUUGAUGGGGUGAAGGUGUACGGUGGUACCCACCCUACGGGGACCCCUGUGGCCACAGUGUGUGGCAGCUCCAUCCCUGGGCCCUUCAGCACCCUGGGACCCAUGCUGGUCAACUUCUACUCCGACUCCAUCAUCAACGACAACGGCUUUCUGGCUGAGUACAGAGCUAUACCAUGUGGAGGUGUGUUCAACAGCACUUCUGGUACGGUCAGCAGCCCGGCUGGCAUCGAUAACUACCACCACAACAUGAACUGUACCUACCACAUCGUCGUCACUGAAAACAAGGUCAUCAACCUCAAGUGGAACACCUUCCAUCUGGAGGCAUCGUCGUCCUGUCGCUAUGACUAUGUGAUCGUGUACGACGGGCCCAACGCCAUGGCUCCUAUAAUGGGGCAGUUCUGUGGCACGGAACUCCCGCCCAACCUCCAGUCCACAACCAAUCAGAUGUUUAUCGCCUUCACGACCGACUCAUCCGUGUCUGGGAUUGGCUGGAGGGCCACCUACAUUGAGACUCUGGGCCCGGCACAAGGUUGUGGGGGUUAUCUCUCUACACCUAUAGGGAUGUUUGGCUCUCCGGACUCUAACGGUGAUGGGAACUAUGAGUACAAUAUGGACUGCCUGUGGACUAUCACCAUGCCCAUCAACAAAGUCAUUAACCUCACCUUCUCCUCGUUUGAACUGGAGGGAACGUCUACAUCUACCUGCCAUUACGACUACGUCAAGAUCUUUGACGGAGACAAUAUGAACUUCCCUCUGGUGGGGACGUACUGUGGACGUGAUGUAAUCCCGGGACCCUUUGUGUCUGUUAGUAACUUCCUGACUGUACACUUCGUCACUGACAGCUCUAUCAGCUACAGGGGCUUCAACGCCACCUACAGGGCACAGGACAGACUCUGCGGAGGCACUCUGAACGCUACAAAUGCGGUCCAGACCAUAACAUCUCCUAUGUACCCCAACGCCUAUCCCCCGUUCAUCUCGUGUCGCUGGGUCCUGGACGCCCCUCCUCAGGAGAGUGUUAAAGUAGCCGUACAGCAGUUCAACCUGCAGCCCAGCCAGAGCUGUAACACCAACUUCCUGCACAUGAGUGACUGGCCUGUGGGAGACUACGGACAGGCACACAAGUUCUGUGCUGCGGACCACAUCCCAGACUUCUACAGCUACGGGAGGACCAUGCACAUCGUCUUCAAGUCUGACGCCUUCAUCACCGGCAACGGAAUGAGUCUGACCUAUCAGGUGGCAGGUUGCAGCAGGACCUAUGAGCAGGCCUACGGCUACCUGAAGAGCCCCGACUGGCCUAACAUCUACCCCCACAAUGUCGACUGUACCAUCAUCCUCAUGGCCCCCCAGAACAACUCCAUCUCCCUGUUCUUCAACAGCUUCAACCUGGAGUCCCACUCCACCUGCAGUUAUGAUUACCUAGAGGUCCGGAAUGGCAGUACAGAAUCUGCCCCACUGUUAGGAAAGUACUGCGGGUCCACACUUCCCAAUCCUAUAUUCCCGGGCACCAACCAGCUUUACAUGCGCUUCAAGAGUGACUUCUCUGGUGCCAAGGACGGCUUUGAGAUCACCUGGACCUCUUCUCCAGAGGGUUGUGGAGGGCGGUUAUACGGAGACCACGGCUCGGUGACCAGUCCUAACUACCCUGGCAACUAUGCCAACGGUACCCACUGUGAGUGGGGCAUUAAGGCUCCUAAUGGGCGUGUGGUGACAGUCACCUUCGCCCAGAUCAGCAUUGAUGACCCAGGAGACUGCCAGAACAACUACCUGAAGCUGUUUGACGGGAAAGAUGCUAGCACUCCUCCUAUUGGCCCUUACUGUGGAGCGGAGACGAAUAUCGCUCCGUUCACAGCAUCCUCACACCACGUCUACGUCGUGUUCAACGCCCAGUAUUCUGUCCUGCCUUCUGGGUUCAGGCUUACAUGGAGCAGCUGAGAGGACACACACUCACACACUCACCACAUGCUUGUUUACAGAUUCUCUAAUCAUGCCAGUGCAGCUGGACAUCUGCCACAAGAUCUUAGCAGACCAAUUAAAUGUAAAUAAUGAAAAAGCUCUAAAAUUGGACCAUAGAAUGUUUGAAUCAUCUGUUUGUAGAUAAUUUUCGAAAGAAUGGCAAAUAUGUAUUUUAUGGAGUUGCAAUUGGGUAAUAAAUUAAUGUAUUUUUUCAUCUUUGAUGUGCCAGCCGACAUAGCAACCUUUUAAUAAAAGUUAUGUUUUAAAUGUA